CGCAGGAGGCGAUCAUCAUCCAAUCAGCGCGCGUCUCUGUGCUCGCAGCGCGUGUGUGUGUGUUUGAUGAUGAUGAUGAGCGGAUGAAACGCUGUCGGGACUCUUGUUUUAAUGAUUGUGAUUGUGUGAUUGAAUGAUUAUAUCGAGCUUCUCUUUAGUGUCUGAUCGGAGCGUUUAAUGAUGCGGAAGCAGCAGAAGUUCAGCCGCGGUUUGUCUGAUAAAGUGCGCAAGUCCAAAGCGGCUCCGGAGAUCCAGAGAAACGCGUUUGAGGUGAAAAUCAACCGCCGGAAGUUCGAUGUUCUGGGGCGCAGAAGCAAACACGACGUGGGUCUGCCGGGGGUCUCGAGGUCCAGAGCCAUCCAGAAGAGGAAAGAGACUCUCCUGAAGGAGUUCAGACUGAAAGACAAAAACAACACGUUCAUCGACAGACGCUUCGGUGAAUAUGACCAAAAAAUCACACCUGAGGAGAAAAUCCUGCAGAGAUUCACGCUGGAGAGACAGCGCACUCAUGACAGGAAGGACAUGUAUAAUCUGAAUGAGGAAGAGGAGCUGACCCAUUACGGCCAGUCUCUGGCGGAGAUGGAGAAGAUGAAGGAUGUUAUUGACAGCGACAGCGACUCUGAGGAGAAGGGCCUGCUGUCAGCUGAACUGACCGCCACACAUUUCGGCGGCGGAGGAGGUUUGCUGAGGAAGAAGAGCGCUGAAGAUGAAGAACACAAACCCAAAUCACGGCAGGAGCUGAUCGAGGAGCUCAUCAUCAAAUCCAAACAGGAAAAGGUCAAAGUGUUUCCUCAAAUAAUAAAACGUUGCUUUACCAAUAACUAUACAGACAUGUAACAAUAAAUCCAGAACCUUCUGGCCCACAAAACCCCCAAAGCAGAGAGGAAGGACGAGACAGACAAACCCAAGCUGGACGCGUAUGACAUGACUGCGCGCCUGCAGACUCUGGAGGUACUGAGCUCCUGCUGCCGUACACCUGAGGAGGAGGAGGAAGAGGAAGACCUCACUGAUGUGUUUGUGUUUCAGGCCAACAGACUGAAGAGGAUGAUGGGAGACGCUGAGGAAGAGGCUGUUCAGACCAACACACACAUCUCUGCUGACGAUAUGAAUGAUGGAUUCAUACUGGACGGAGACGACCGCAAAACACUCGCUUACAAGGACGGAAAAUGGAACAUCGAGGGUGAGGAGGAAGAGAAAGAGGAUGAUGAUGGUGAUGAAGAGGGAGGAGAGGAGGAGGACGAUGCUGCUGCUAAAGAUGUUGAUGCUGCUGAUGAUGAUGAGGAUGAAGAAGAAGAUGAUCACUGUGACCUGCAGUCUGAUGAGGGCAGUGAGGAUGAGGACGGUGAGGGCAGUGAGGAUGAGGACGGUGAGGGCGCUGAGGAAGAGCAGGUCUGUGCUGAAGAGCCUCCAGCAGUGAGUGAGGAGCAGAAGAAAGCUGCACAGGAAGCAGCCAGAGCAGAACUGCCCUACACCUUCACAGCUCCAGAGAGCUCCAGUGAUCUGAAGGCACUCCUGCAGGAUCACGGAUCAGAGCAGCAGCGCCUCAUUCUGGACAGAACGCUCAAGUGUCACCAUCCCAGUCUGGCCGCAGGAAACAAAGCCAAACUACAGAAGUUGUUCGGUUUUCUGCUGGAGUAUGUCGGUGAACUCGCCACCCAGAAUCCUCCUGAUCUGAGAACCGUCAGCGCACUCGUCCCUCAGAUCUGCGGUCUGUGUCAGAUGUUUCCUGAGGCCGCGUGUAAAGCCGUGCAGACGUUACUCAGCGACUGCAGCCACAGCAUGGAGGAGACGCUGGAGGUCAAAGGUCGAGCAGCGAUGCCUGAUCUGGACAUGCUGGUCCUCCUGAAGAUCACGGCGCUGUUGUUCCCCACAUCAGACUUCAGACAUCCGGUGACGACUCCAGCGUUCCUCUACAUCAGUCAGGCGCUCACCAGGUGUGCUGUCGUCUCUCUGGAGGACGUGUGUAAGGGUUUGAUCCUCUGCUGUCUAGCGCUGGAAUUCGUCUCUCUGUCUCAAAGGUUUUUCCCAGAACUGCUGAACUUCCUGCUGGGGCUCCUGCACCUGACGCUCCCCAACAAACACAACACGGGUUAUACGGUGGUGAGUCCAUUCAGACGGCAGGGGAAGAACUGUGAUCUGCUGGUUUUGACGGAUCCAAGCGCGUCUCACAGCUGGAACAGGAAACCCAUUUCACUGCACACAGCUCACAGAAUCCCAGCGGAGAGUCCAGUGGAGAGAGACCACUGCAGGCUGUCGGUCAUUGAUUCCUGUCUGGAUCUGGUGAAGAGAUGCACGUCGCUCUAUAAAGACCUGCCGUCAUUCGCUCACAUCUUCCAGCCAAUCAGAACGCUGCUUCUCCAGCAUCUUCCUGUCGAGAGUUACCCCGCCCCUAUCCAGGAUCUUCACAGCGAGAUCUUAGAGGCCAUUCCUGAGCAGCCUUCCCAGCAUGCACCUCUGGUGUUCAAGAAGAAGAAACCCAUCCCGCUGAAGCUCUUCACACCGAAAAUAGUGCAGAUUCUGGAUUACGGUAAAAAACGAGGGAACACGAAGGAGGAGAAGGAGCACGAGCGGCUCAAACACAAAUACAAGCGUGAGUUUAAGGGAGCGCUGAGGGAGAUCCGGAAGGACACACGCUUCCUGGCUCGGGAGAAGCUCAGUGACGUCAUGAGCAGGGAUGCGGAGAGGAAGAGGAAGGUGAAGGAGCUGUAUGGAAGUCUGGCCACUCAGGAGGGAGAGUGGAAGGCCCUCAAGAGGAAGAACAGGAAGUGAAGAAGCGUUCGAAGCCAUUCUUUCUGUCAUGAACUGCUUUAGUACUCUGGAAAACUUAUUCUCAUGAUAGGGUUUUUUAUCUGACAAAUCAAGAGAAAUAAAAGGAUGCUGUGCA